AAAGGACAGCGUCUCAGCUUAAAUAUCCUCCAUCACAAGUGUAUUAUUCCUUCCUCUCACCAAGAGGAAUAUGAAAACCAAGACGGGCCAGGAAGCCCAGGCUCAUCCUUCCAGGUGUCCGGACAACAGUGCCUUCAAGCAGCAGAAGCUGCCAGCCUGGAAGCCGCAGCUCUCCAUUGCCACGGUUCUCUCCAGCUUCUUUGUCAUCGGAGCGGUCUGCCUYGCCGCGGGAAUCUGCCUCAUCCUGUCCACAAACAGCGUCAGGGAGAUCGAGAUUAAUUAUUCAGAUAAAUGCUCAAAUUGUUCGAAACUCCGUGAAAAUUCCUCUAACUGGAAUCAAGAGUGCAACUGUUCUGCUGGCUUUGUGCUAAAGGAAGAUAUGUUGGGUGAUGUUUUUAUGUACUAUGGGCUGCAAAACUUUUAUCAGAAUCACCGUCGAUACAUGAUAUCGAAAAGUAAUGAACAAUUGUUGGGCCGAGAUGUCAAUAUUCAGAACAGCUACUGCGCGCCCUUCACGACUUACCAGAACGGCACGCCGAUGGCUCCGUGCGGUGCCAUUGCCAACAGCAUAUUCAAUGAUACUAUUGAUCUUUUUUACAAUGUUAAYUCAUCUGUUAUUCAAGUCCCACUACUGAAGACUGGAAACAGUUGGUGGACAGAUAAAAAUGUGAAAUUUCGCAAUCCAGUAGCGCACAAUCUUUCCUCUGCAUUUGCAGGGACAGCCAGACCUCCUUACUGGCAGAAACCAGUAUAUAUGUUAGAUGAGGAAGAUGAAAGGAACAACGGGUAUAUCAACGAUGACCUCAUUAUCUGGAUGCGAGUAGCAGCCUUCUCUGCGUUCAGAAAUCUUUAUCGCCGUGUCAGCCGCACAAGGCAGUUUGCUGAUGGCCUCCCAGCAGGGAAUUACACUUUCCGUAUUUCCUAUAAUUUCCCUGUUAGCAAAUUUAAGGGGAAGAAGUACGUGAUCCUUUCAACUGUGGUAUGGAGUGGAGGAAGUAACCAAUUCCUGGGAAUUGCCUACACAGUUUGUGGCACAGCAGCAACCCUGAUGGGUUUUGUUAUAACUGCCAUCCACCUAAAGCUCAGAAAAAAGAAGACUUACUUCCAGAAAUGAGAUGAUUCCCUGGCUUGCUGAGCAAGAGCAAAGAUCUUCUCUGAACACGGAGCAGGCAUCACCGACCUUCCUCUGCUCUGGAUCAACUUCACUCUUGGAUGUGGGCAACAUAAAUGACCUCUCGAGGGGAAGUGCUCCUCUGCCAUCCCAAGCCAAUGRUUGUGUGGGGUUAUGCUCUUAUUAACAUAUAUAUACUCCUAAAUAUAUGUUUCCUGAAAGACUUGUAAUGAGAUGAGUUUCCAGCAACAGAGACCUUAGUGAUUGAUUGCGAAUUGCCAGGACAAAGAAAUUAUAUAGUACUGGAGUCUGGCCAGAAGCCAGGGUCCUUAUUCAUUUCUUACUUAGCCCUUACAAAAAGACAGUGUUUCACUUAAAUGGGAGUUUUGGACUGAUAAAAAGUGAGAUCUUAAAAAGAAAGAAAGAAAAGAAAAGCUUGAACAGGUAGAAUUUACUGCUGAAGUCUGUUUAUGUGCAGUGUCCAUUGGUUGGAUAUCUUGGCUCAGAUUUUAUAUAAAGAUUGACUGUUCCAACAAAGCAGCUCUUUUAUUUGCAUGUUGACAGGGCAUAUUCAUCAUAAUUUAUAGUCAUAAUAGUAUGACUAUGAGGCCUCAAUCCUUCUUCUUUCUAUCAUCUCACCUAUCCGUGUAAAAGUUCACAUGAACUCUUAGGUGACAUAAACCAUCUGUUCUCCUUUCAAACUCAACUCAUUGUUAACUCAUUGUCAAUAGAAAGCAUAAAACAUCAGGAAAUCCAUUAAAUUCCAUUUUWAAAAAAAAUAAGCACUGCAGCUGAUGGAUAGACUAUUACCACUUUCAUGUUUACUAUAUUCUUAAAUCACAGAUUCUGAACACUUAGAUUAUAGGUCAAGUAUACCAUAGUACAGGUGAUU